AGUACUUCAUCUAAAGAAGUGAAAGGUUAAUUUGAGCAACUAUACUGUGGGAGUUGGCACUAAGUCCAGAGUCUGCCAGUGCAUACUGGGAAGGCAAGCCUCGUCGGAGAUGGGCAUCACCACUCCUCCCUGCCUUGGGGCAUGGGGGCAAUCCAGAGGAAAGGAGGCCUGAUGCAUCCACUUCCAGCCCCGUAAAAGAUGGAGAGGAAAAACCCAUCCAGAGAGAGCCCCCGAAGACUCUCAGCCAAACUGGGCAAAGGCACAGAGAUGAAGAAGGUGGCUCGUCAGCUCGGCAUGGCAGCCGCCGAAUCAGACAAGGACUCCGGAUUUUCAGAUGGGAGCUCAGAGUGUCUGAGCUCAGCAGAGCAGAUGGAAUCCGAGGACAUGCUGAGCGCCUUAGGCUGGAGCCGAGAAGACAGGCCAAGGCAAAACUCCAAGACUGCAGGCACGGCCUUCCCGGCACUGUCCCCGAUGGUUGUAAUGAAGAAUGUGCUGGUCAAACAGGGCAGCAGCUCAUCCCAGCUCCAGUCGUGGACUGUCCAGCCCUCCUUCGAAGUGAUCUCAGCACAGCCACAGCUCCUGUUCCUUCAUCCACCCGUGCCGUCUCCUGUCAGCCCGUGUCACACUGGCGAGAAGAAAUCAGACUCCAGGAACUACUUGCCCAUUCUAAAUUCUUAUACGAAAAUAGCCCCCCAUCCAGGCAAAAGGGGCCUUUCCCUCAGCCCAGAAGAAAGAGGAGAAAGUGGGAUGCAGAAGAAAGUCUGUACUGAGAGACUUGGGCCGAGCCUGUCUUCCAGUGAGCCAACCAAGCCUGGUGCCGUGUCCCCCAGCCCCCCAGCGCCGGCACCACCCGGCGCCAAGCUUGCCGAGGACUCCGCUCUGCAAGGUGUGCCCUCACUGGUGGCAGGUGGAAGUCCACAGACUCUUCAGCCGGUGUCCAGCAGCCACGUGGCUAAAGCCCCCAGCCUGACCUUUGCAUCCCCCGCUAGCCCUGUCUGUGCAUCAGACAGCACUCUGCACGGCUUAGAGAGCAGCUCCCCACUCUCUCCACUGGCAGCCAACUACAGCUCACCCCUGUGGGCUGCUGAGCACCUCUGCCGCAGCCCCGACCUUUUCGCCGAGCAGCGGCAGAGCAAGCAUAGGCGCUUUCAGAAUACCCUGGUGGUCCUGCACAAAUCUGGUCUGCUGGAGAUCACUCUGAAAACCAAGGAGUUGAUUCGUCAGAACCAGGCAACUCAGGUGGAGCUAGACCAGCUAAAGGAGCAGACCCAGCUGUUUAUAGAGGCCACCAAGAGCAGGGCUCCUCAGGCGUGGGCCAAGCUACAGGCAUCCUUAACAUCAGGGUCUGGUCAUACCGGCGGUGACCUAGAAGCGUUCUCUGACCACCCAGACAUGUAACCCAGAAGGCAUAGUUUCCUGUUACUUGAGUGGUUCUUUUUAACUCUUUGGCUGUUUUUACUCCUGUUUCCCAAAGCUUUUCCUUCUACACUUAAAGUGUUGGGCAGUUCACUUAGGAAGCCACAAGCCAGUACCUGGCUGCAAUCUUAACCAUGUGGUCUGUGCACAGUUUACAUAUGUCUCCAUUCCUCUGAGGACCUCAGAUUCGGAGCACUCUCAAGUCCCCUUUCCUUAGCCUGCAGGCACUUUGAUGGGUCACAGGGCAAAGCAGGAGAGAUGGUUGUGUGGGGCUCUUUUGGCUGUCGCCUCCCACCAUCCCACUCACUCACUGUGAGCAAGGGUACAGUGACAGGGAGGAGCACACGGAGUGAUACCUGUCAAGCCAGGGAGUAGGUGACAUAGUGACAUAAGCAUCCCUUUGUAGAUCUUCCCUUGAACGUCUUAGUCACAGAGGAAAAUACGAGGUGUGCUUGCAUCCCACAAGGCAUCGUGCCACCUGGGCAAAACCCAAAAUGCCUCAGGCACAGGUUGGGCCAAGGGUACAAGCGCUUAAUCAUGUGAUGCUUUGUCUUCCUAAACUGGAAAGUCGAGAGGAGAGUAGCACCAUUGAACUCUUAACACUUAAAUCACAAGCCAGAUUUCACUUAAACUGGUAGUCAAAAUACUUCAGAUUUUUAAAGUAUGGAAUGGAUUCAGUACCAUCUGGAAUUACAAUUGCUGAAUUGCUUUUUUGACUUAGAAGAAAGUAGACAUGGCCAGCAUCUCUUGGUUGGGAGCUGGAGGAUUCUGGAAAUUUAUGCUUCCUGUUGUCGUUCCCCCCCCCCCCCCCCCACCUUUUUGAAACAAUGCAACCUGUUUUAUGUGUGAAAAUCUCAAAAGAUAGCUUCAUGGUUUCUGAGAAUGUAAAUUAACUCUCUGCUGCCACCUUUUUUCCCCCUUUUGUUUUUGUAAAAGAGGAAAGAAGCGAUUACUGAGUUUGAUAAAUUUUGAAUUAAAACCAUCCUGAGGUUAUGAAGUCCCCAGAAUAUUGGAAACCAUUCUUCAUACUGAUUUUCUUUUCCUAUCCAAAAUUUUUGUUUGUCACAUGUCAUAGUGACGCAGAGCACUUGUGGAGCAGAGUCUUCGUGUUUCCUUCAUGCGUUGGAUGUCGGCAGCAAAGCCAGAGGUGUAGUGUUGGUUCUCUGAAGUUCAUCUAGAAAUGGAGAGUGUGAUGGAAUUCCCAGAUGAUUCCCAUUCUUUCAGCUUCAUGGUAAAGGUAAAUGGGAUUUCUGAGUAGUACCAUAUCAGAUUUUUUUAAUCUCAUUUAAACAUUUCAUCCUCUUGAAAAUCUCCAUACAAAUUACCUUAAUAAGAAAUUCUAUAUGACCAGCUUCAUCUUUUCUGCAAAGAAAAAUGUCCUUGAAAUUUUACCAAGGCCAGAAGCUAAUGCUCACCUUCACCUGGUAGUUAGAACUAUAACAUAGUUUUUAAAUUUCAAGGCUUCAGAUGGCCUAGAGUUUGUUAUUAGACAUGUAUGAUUUAGAUAUGACCAAUUUAGAAAUAGCUUGGUAAAAUCUCUGCCGUGUCCUGAUCAGUGCAGAAUUAUUACCUGCCAUUUGCUUUCUGAAAGAGUUUCAAAAUCCCAGCAAAUGUGUCUUUAAACAGACUCUCAGCUCCUUUGAAUAUUCUCUUGGCCCACUCCCUGUGCCUCCCCUGAAUCUGUGUGGUACUACGACAGCUCCGCUCUGUGCACCAUGCUAGGAAGCUUCCUUUUUGGCAGAAAGUAUUUGGCAGCAAAGCUGCAGAGACAGGUGCAUUCAGAACAGCCUGGGCGCCAGUCAUGAGUCUUACUGAGUGUCAAAAAUCUGAACAUACUUGCUGAGAACCAAAUUUAUUCUAUCGGAAAAACCCUCUGUGGAGCUAUAAGCCUCUUGGACUCUUCUUCCUAGACUAAGGUUUGCAUUUCCCUUCCUGUUAUGGUAAAAGAUGAUGAAAGCCACCAUUGAUCCUCACUGCUGAGUGGCAGGGAGAAGCAGCACCUCCCCGGCUCUUCUCUGAUCGUGUGACUUAGUGCUGGAAGUCUCUCUAGGCUGUUAGCAUGGGUGUUCUUUCCCUAGUGGAGCUGUAAGCAGAUGAAGCCAAAAAGGGAAGCUAGUUCUUGGAAGAAGAGGUCCACUGAAGCUCCCAGACAUUUGGGGCCAGACGCCAGAUCAGCAAAUGGAGGAACCUCGGAGUAGACCAGAAGGAUCUCCAUUGGUUGCACAAGGCUGUAAGUAGUGAUGGUCUUAGCGAGCAUGAUUUGAUCUGAUAUGAAAUACUGUGGCAGAGCUACUGUUUUCUGAAAGUGAGAAGCAAUUCUUAGUUUAGACCAACCCUUAAAGAGAACUUUUGGCAGAUCUGGUUGGCAGUGGUGAGACACAUCUAGAAAAAGCUGCUCAUGGAACUAGUUAUGGGAAUGGAGUUUAAUAACAUUUGUAAUUUAUUACACUCAUGGCUUUUUAUUGAUUAUAGUAUUGUCUGACUUUACUAUGAUUCCUUCAACAGAAAAGUUAACUCUUGUGCAUAUAUUGAAGUGUUUUUCCUGCUAUGAAUUCUUUAGGAUAGAGAUUUAUUUACCAAAUGUGAAUUCUUUUGAGGAAGUAUGAAGUUUUGUAGAAAUUGACUGUGAAAUGUCAGAGAAAAAUAAAAGUCACUUACAUGAAAACUA